CCUUCUCCGCUGGUUGCCCCCUCUAGCCCACAGUCUCGCUGCCCUGAGCCUCCCGUGCCGGCCGGCCGGCCGGGCGGACAGGCGAGCGCGCGGGGGGCGCGCAGGGGGCGGGGGGAGUUCCGGUUCCGGUUCUUUGUGCAGCUGCAGCAGCGGCUCCGGGGAAGAUGGCGGCCCGGGCGGGUUUCCAGUCUGUGGCUCCGAGCGGCGGCGCCGGAGCCUCAGGAGGGGCGGGCGCGGCGGCUGCCCUGGGCCCGGGCGGGACUCCGGGGCCUCCCGUGCGAAUGGGCCCGGCGCCGGGUCAGGGGCUGUACCGCUCCCCGAUGCCCGGGGCGGCCUAUCCGAGACCAGGUAUGCUGCCAGGCAGCCGCAUGACACCUCAGGGACCUUCCAUGGGACCCCCUGGCUAUGGGGGGAACCCCUCAGUCCGACCUGGCCUGGCUCAGUCGGGGAUGGACCAGUCCCGCAAGAGACCCGCUCCUCAGCAGGUCCAGCAGGUCCAGCAGCAGGCGGUCCAGAAUCGAAACCACAAUGCAAAGAAAAAGAAGAUGGCUGACAAAAUUCUACCUCAAAGGAUUCGUGAACUGGUACCAGAAUCCCAGGCCUAUAUGGAUCUCUUGGCUUUUGAAAGGAAACUGGACCAGACCAUCAUGAGGAAGCGGCUGGAUAUACAGGAGGCCUUGAAACGUCCCAUCAAGCAAAAACGGAAGCUGCGAAUUUUCAUUUCUAACACUUUCAAUCCGGCCAAGUCAGAUGCCGAGGAUGGGGAAGGGACGGUGGCUUCCUGGGAGCUUCGGGUAGAAGGACGGCUCCUGGAGGAUUCAGCCUUGUCCAAAUACGAUGCCACCAAGCAAAAGAGGAAGUUCUCUUCCUUUUUUAAAUCCUUGGUGAUCGAGCUGGACAAAGACCUGUACGGGCCAGACAACCAUCUGGUAGAAUGGCACAGGACCGCCACUACCCAGGAGACGGAUGGCUUCCAGGUGAAGCGGCCAGGAGAUGUGAAUGUCCGGUGUACUGUCCUACUGAUGCUGGAUUACCAGCCUCCCCAGUUUAAAUUAGAUCCUCGCCUGGCUAGGCUCCUGGGCAUCCACACCCAGACCCGUCCCGUGAUCAUUCAAGCACUGUGGCAAUAUAUUAAGACACAUAAGCUCCAGGACCCUCAUGAGCGGGAGUUUGUCAUCUGUGACAAGUACCUCCAGCAGAUCUUUGAGUCUCAGCGUAUGAAGUUUUCAGAAAUCCCCCAAAGGCUCCACGCCUUGCUUAUGCCACCAGAACCCAUCAUCAUUAACCAUGUCAUCAGUGUUGACCCAAAUGAUCAGAAAAAGACGGCUUGUUAUGACAUUGAUGUGGAAGUGGAUGAUACUUUGAAGACCCAGAUGAAUUCUUUUCUACUGUCUACUGCCAGCCAGCAGGAGAUUGCUACUCUAGACAACAAGAUCCAUGAGACAAUAGAAACUAUCAAUCAGCUGAAGACCCAGCGGGAGUUCAUGCUGAGCUUUGCCAGAGACCCUCAGGGUUUCAUUAAUGACUGGCUUCAGUCCCAGUGCCGGGACCUCAAGACCAUGACCGAUGUGGUGGGUAACCCAGAGGAAGAGCGCCGAGCUGAGUUCUACUUCCAGCCUUGGGCUCAGGAGGCCGUGUGCCGAUACUUCUACUCCAAGGUGCAGCAGAGACGGCAAGAAUUAGAGCAAGCCCUGGGAAUCCGAAAUACAUAGGGCCUCUCCCACAGCCCUGGUUUGGCUGCACCGAUUCUUUAUUUUGGGCCCCGUGCUGCCUGCCUCAUAGCACCUGCCUUGGUCUUGCUUGGGACCUUCCAGGGGAUGCUGUUGGUUGAAGGACAACACCAGAAUGAAGAGGGUCUCACAUUUCUG